CUUGUUGAACAAGGAAGUUCUAAUGUUGAACAAGAAAGUUCUAGCGUUGAAAAAGAAAGUCCUAUCAUAGAAUUAGAAACUAUUGAAAAUGAAAAAAUGAUUAUCGAUGAUGACUCAGAUUUAAGUGUGAAUGAAGAUAUUGGUGAUAAAUGGAAAUCAGUUCUUAAAGAAUGGUCUGAAGAUCUUAUUUCAGAAGAAGAAAGCGUAAAUAAAGUAGAAAGUUUGUUUUUUGAAAUAGAGGAAACAGAGGACUUAUCUUCCAAUGAAUUAUUAGUAGGUUUGAGCCAUCCAGCAGAUGACCCUAAAGGAAAAUGGAAACUUGCCAAUUUAUUUGAGUUCGAAUUUUCAACACCUUUAUCUAUAAAAAACCUGAUGAUAAUUCAAGACAAUUAA